AUGAUUGGUGGUUGUCAGACAUUCACACUGGCACAUGCAUACGGACGGUCUAAUUACGCCCCUCCCGUCUGGAGACUUCGAUAUCGUUACGGGCCAGAGUUUGAGGUCGAAGUAUUGGCGAAUCUUAUCACUGCCGAAUACAAGUUUCGACAAACCCUCCAGCAAAAGGAGGCCCUCGAGAAAAAUGUCCGGGCGCUAGAGAAGAUUCCAGGGGACCGCGAAGAGGAAAAGCAACUUGAAGAAUACCGCAAAGAGCUAGAGGCUGUCAAGCGAACCCACAGUGAGAACGAGCGGAACCUUUUCGCCCAGGAAUCGAUGCUUCCACCAGGUACCUUGGAAAAAAAAACUAUAAUGAGCUGA